AUGUCGGAAACGAUAGAUACUCGCAGAUCGGUGCUCAUCACGGGAUGCUCCCCAGGUGGAAUCGGCAACUCCCUUGCGCGCGAGUUCAACCGAAGUGGACUGCGCGUGCUGGCUACCGCUCGCGAUGCGGCGACCAUCUCUGAUCUGGCAGACCUCGGGAUUGAAACCUUGAGCCUUACGGUUGAUGACCCGGAGAAUGUGAAAGCGUGUUUUGCGGAUGUCGAAAAGAGGCUCGGAGACAAGGGUCUCGAUUAUCUCGUUAACAACGCUGGUCGGAAUUACACCGUCCCCGCGAUGGAAGUAGAGCUCAGUGAGGUUCGCCAAACAUUCGAGACCAACUUUUUCGCGGUUAUUACUAUGUGCCAGACUUUCCUACCUUUGCUUAUCAAGGCGAAGGGUACUAUUGUGCAGAUUGGAUCCAUUGCCGGGAUCAUCCCAUAUGUAUUCGGCUCUGUUUACAACGCCUCCAAAGCAGCAUUGCACUCAUUCAGUGACACGCUUCGCGUGGAGCUGGCUCCAUUCGGGAUCAACAGUGUCCACGUCACAACUAUCGUUACUGGCGGUGUUCAAUCUCGUAUUGCACGUACCGAUCGUACUCUGAAGCCGGGUUCCUUGUAUUCCUCUAUCGAGGCCGAGUAUCUUAAGCGUGUGAAGCAUAGCCAGCACAACGCUAUGCCGAAUGACGCAUAUGCUCGCAGUGUCGUUUCUCAAGUCUUGUAUGGCUCAGCUCCAUGGCGUUGGUUGUGGCCGUGGGCUCGUGGUCGCAAGGCCUGGAUCUGGGAGGGUCAUGCUAGCUGGUUGAUCUGGACAUUGUCGGGUGGCUGGGCUUGGUCGGGUCUGUUUGGUCGGCUCAUGACUAAAAUGUUCAAACUAUGGAAGAUCAAAAAUGUUGGCAAAUAG